AUGACUUCAUGUCAACCUACCAACAACCUGUCCCCAAAGAAAACUAGGGAUCUACAGAAAUUACAUUGCUGGUUCAGAAAUUUCAGUGCUGCUCUUCUCAGUCGAGUCAGUGCUCAGCAGAUCAAAAAAAAGCUUCUUGAAGAACUUGGAGAGAAUAGACUUCCAUACAUGACACCAGCCGAUGCUGAUUUCCAUCAUUUGUGGAAGACGAAAUAUUCCAAGCUGAUUUUCAGGAAAUCUGAUACAGUGCCUGAAGAGCUCCAUCAAAUGGUACAAGAAGGCUUUCUGACCUUGCGAAAACAUGAUUGUUUCUUUCAAGAUCUUGUAAGGAUCAAAGGAAAAGAUUUUGUUACCCCAGUGUCUCGCAUAUUAAUUGGAAAUCCAGGAUGCACUUACAAGUACUUGAACACAAGAUUAUUUACAGUUCCUUGGCCUAUUGAAGGUUAUGAUAUAAAAUAUUGCAGUCCUCAAAUACAUGAUGCUUGUAAAGCAUUAAUCAGACUGAAUGACUACUUGCAUAUUGAAGCAGUCAAGGCAUUACAAGGACAAAAUUUGUUGGAGACCAAAGAAAGUAAAGAUACUACUGUAAUAGAUAGGGAGCAAAAUUUUGCUACUUCUCUUAUGGAGAAGGGGUCAGGUUCAAAGGAUCAAAGCAGUUGUUGUGUUCCAGAGGAUGACUAUUUAAGUCUAAAGAACAGAACAUCUUAUAACGUGACUUUAUUAAAUUAUAUGGAUCCACAACAAAUGCUGUACUUGAAACAAGAACCUUAUUUUGGAAUGGGGAACAUGGCAGUGAGCUGGCACCAUGACGAGAAUCUGGUUGAAAGGUCAACGGUUGCUGUGUACAGUUAUAGCUGUGAAGGUUCAUCCAUGGAAGAAAGUAAUGAACAAAAACUGAGAGGAAGAGACCCAGCUGUUUGGCAUGUAGGCUUGAAGGUAGCAUGGAACAUAGAGACACCUGGAUUAGCAAUGCCACUUCACCAAGGAGACUUCUACUUGAUGCUUGAUGAUCUCAAUAUGACACAUCAGCACUGUGUUCUGGCUGGUUUUUCACCUCGAUUCAGCUCAACUCACAGAGUGGCAGAUUGUUCAAGAGGAACAUUGGAAUACAUAUUUGGACAAUGUGAACUGGCACUCCAGAAUUUACAGACUGAUUCUGAUUCAAUGGCUUUAUCUUUGAAAUCACUGGAAACUGCAGUUGUAAAGCAAGUAGAAGAAAUACAUAAUGAGGUUGAAUUUGAGUGGCUUAGGCAGUUUUGGUUUCAAGGCAAGCGGUAUUUGAAAUGCACUGAUUGGUGGCUUAAGCCUAUGGCUAAAUUGGAAGAAUUUUGGAGAAAAAUGGAGAUUAUGACAGGCCUGGUCCUCUCUGAAGUUAGAAAGGAGGAACAAAUUGAGAAACAAAGGAAGGAAACUAUCAGCUGCUUCUUGCUAGUUCUUAUUGAGCGACAAAAGCUGCGUAAAGAAUGGACAGCAAGAUGCCAGUCAGAAGCAGCGGAGAGCUUGCCAGAAGACCAGAAACCAGAAUGCCAUCCCUUCUGGACAGAUGAUGAAUGUAGUAUGCCUCUGCCAUAUGAUCUUGAAGAAGUAAUUGCUAAUCUACAAAAUCUUGUUCAGUGGGUAGAAUAACAAGUGACCUUCUAGCCUAGAAUUAUUGAUGCCCAUCAUUUGGAGAGAAGCCUGUUAGUUUAACAUAAAUCUUUUCAGCUUUAUGAUCCCUUGAUCAUGUGUUAUUUUAUGUGUCAAUGCAGAUUUUACUGGUCUUCACACGGUACCGUGGUUACUGUCUCAAAUUAAAAAAGACGAGGCCCCAAGUCUACAGAAACAGGUGGCUUUUAAGACCUGAAGGCCAGAAUACCAGCCUCAGUUCUUUCCUCCUCCACUCUAAUUCCCACUAACCCUACAGCCCAUGAAUAACUGUGUUUUCCCAAGCUCCCUUGACAUCUAAAUUUCAGCUUCCAUGAGUGCCUAGAACUACCUCUGCCUUGGCAGGUCUGAGCAACAUCAGGCCUAGCUCACACCUGUGACAAAGCAGAAUCCAUGAUCAGGGCAUCCUAAGGAGAGGCCAGCUUGGGGUGAGUCUGAUGGAUAUGUUUAGAAUGUAGCUGUGACUUCAUCCACUAACAUAGACAGAGGUGCAGGAGAUAGUGGAGAAAGUCCUUCAUGCAAUGGCUCCUCGUUAGAGCAUUUGUUAGAUGAGGCACUCUGAAGGAGCAUCCUGACAUAGAUCCCAAGACUUCUUGCUGUUUCUCAUCAUAGCAGUUGAGUAGAACUGAGAGAGAUACAUGUGAAUCCUAUUCUGAUGCCAGGUUUCCCAGUGCAGUCUAAAGAGCUGAUGAACCUAAGGGUUUCCGUUUAGGGGUCAGGUUGCUGGCAGAUUAGAUUUAGCUUGUGUGAUACUUGGCAUUGCAGCAUCUGUGUUGAUCUAGUGAGGUCUAUGAGAACAAAACCUGAAAACUAUGAGAAAUGAAGCUGUUUGUGAUCUGUUUUGUAGUAACAUGCUAUAAAAAGAACAACUCUAUGUUGGACAACACAGGGGUCUCUUGAAUAAGAGAGAGAUUUUUCAUUUGGUUAAGUUGCUAUUUUAACUUGAGCUGGUAUACACCUUUUUCCUUUGCCAUAAAAAGCAGAAGAAAAUCGUAUUAUGGUGCAACAGCACUUAAGUCUGUAUUGCCACUAUAGAAGAAAUCAGUAAGACUCCGAGCUUGACGUUGCCACCAAGAAAUGAAUAUACCUCCUGUGUUAAUCUUCUGUUUAAAGUCACUGUCGAGGCCAGGCUUACCCAGAGCAACUGUACUGGCAAAGCACUCUGCGUGCGGAUGAGGCUUGUACUGCCAAAAAUUGUACUUUUUACAGUAUUACAUAUGCCAGACCUCCCUGGAGCUAAAGAAACUGUGCCAGCAAAAAUUCAGUUUUAGUGGUAUAGAACUGUGUCCACACCUACCAACGUUUGCCAGGACAGUUAUACCAAGUAGAGAUUGUACCUCUUAACACCUUUGUACCUCUUAACACCUAAUGCCAGCAAAAGUAUAAAGACCUGCAUCAAGCAUUUUCAUUGUGGUCCUGGAGUUCUGCAAAAACUGUUAGCCACCCUGUAUACUGUAAAGACUCUCUGAAGAAUAAAUUAUUAUUUAAAGUAAGUUUGAUUAUAUUAUAACCUUGAUCCAUACAUUUACCCAUUGUCUCUCGUGCCACAGAUUUCUUAACAUUUGGAAAUACUCUGUUAUGAGCAUAGCUUUUUCUUUCCUGCACUAGCUAAAGCUGGCUUUACCAGUGGGCAAAUAGGAUAUAUUUGGAUUAAUACCACUCUAAAUACUGUUUGCUUUAGAGAUCAUUUAAAGAAAAGCUACCUGAAGAUUGGGAAUUCUGCUUUUGAAAAGGCAGUUCUCACAGAAACAGAUAUUACUUUGGAAAUGAGCAAGAUUAAUUCAAACAAGCUAAUGAUGUAACACUGUUAACAGCAUUUGAGUGGGUGGUUUGUUUAUGCUGUUACUUUAUGAUUAUUUUGUGUUUAAUUAAGCACUGCUAGAAACCAUGGAGAUCACAGUAUUGAAAUGAGUCUGACAGCCAUAAAGAGUAGAGAAGGCCCAUCAGUGUUGUAGUUCAUAGCUGAAGUGGAGACAUAGCUAUUAAAAAAAUGAUUGGCAAAUAAUUAUUUCCAGCAGUAGUAAAAAAACCCCACUGGGUUCUCUCUUGUAUUAGGAGAGUGCUGGCAGCAAUAAUAGACUUUUUAAAAACACAUGAUUCUAGGGCUUGUCUAUGCUGAAGAUUUAGACUAGUGAAUUAGCUGAAGUAGUACUAGCUUCAGUGCAGUCAGAGAACACUCAUUUAAUCUGUGGAUGGCAAUGACAUAGACAAAUGAACCCCUUUGGAAUGGGUAAGACCUAGGAUUCACUGGCAAAAUGCAAAUAAUCAAGUGGUUAAAGAGGAUUAAUGCUCUGUGUUGCAGUCCAGUCUCACAUCAUCUAAAUCGGUGUAACUUGGUUGAGUUCAGUUGAAAUACAGAAGUAUAAGAAGAUUUCAUAUCUCCAAAGCCCCCAGGAUUUGUUAGCAAAGACAUGAGUAAGGUGGUUGGAACUGUUUGAAGCAGGUAGUAAUACCAAAUGGCACCCCAAAAGGAGAACGUGUUUAAAGGUAAAUAUCUAUAAAAAAACUGAGAUAUCGAGUGUAAAUUAUUGUUGUGUUUGGAUUACAUACUAGAAGUAGACAAAUACUUAAAUGUUUCUUUUAUUCAAAUAGUUAUGAUUUAGUUAUGUUGCAAUGAUACUUUAGCAAUCCACUUCUAUUCCAGCAUCAGACAAACUGUUUCCCUUUUGGAUGAGCUGAAAGACACAGCCCCUAAUGGAUGUUCUGUGUAUAGCAACUGAUUGCCAAGUCUGGAUGCUCCAGAGGCAUGAGGACCAAGGUCAGGGUUUUUUUCAGGAAAGAGGUGAGAGCAUAAAUUAGCUUCUAACAUUAGAUUCAAUGAUUCUUUUUAAAUGGUGAAGUUCACGACUUUGCUUACAUUUACUUUUCAUCAGCCACGAAAGAAUUAAGGUAAAAUAGUUCCCUUGCACAUGUGCAUCAGGCUAAAUGGAUUACAGAAGAUACAGAUCUGUUUGCCUGUCUGCACUUGCCUUUAGACAAUAUUCAUCAAUUUUACAAAAGCUACUGACUAAACAUGGAGCCAAUACAAAUUAAAUGCUCGAGGCAAGGGCUUUCUUUGAAAAAUCUGAUACAGGGUUGGUUUUACACUGAUAGAAGAAAAACAUUGGCAGAAAAUGAAAAACUUAUUGUUUCUGUAAUUUGGGGGAUGAAAGGUAAAGGCCUUUUCUAAGUAUUUGAUAGGAAACUGCUGUGUUAUGCAAUGUAAUUAGAAAUGUUUUUAUAAUGCUUUAUUCAUAUCUCCAUGUAUGAAAAUAUUUUAUCCUGUAGGUCCUUUCUUCUUUUUAAAGGGUUAUGGAAAUAAAAAAUAUCAGUCUCAAUGCAGUAAAUUUUAAAGGCUUCAUGCUUAUGCUCCAACAUACGUCAUUGUGAUGGUCUAAAAUGUACAUAAGAAUGCCAUGGGUAAUCACCAACUGGAAACUGUCCAGGAUGGGUAACAUGCAACAUAAUAAAUAUCCAAAUCAGUUUUCUUAUCAUCCAGAUACAGUUUUAGUUUCACUGGUAAUGAUGCAAGAUGCGCUUUAAAAUCACGCUGGACUUCUUAAUGCUGUGGGACAGAUUCAGGAAUUCCAGUGCCAUAACAAGAAAAAAAGAAAUCAAAAGAAUACUAAAAUCCAUCAUGAAAGAUAGCUAAAAUAUUGUAUUGUGUUAAGAGUGGGCAUUGCUCCUUUCUCAGUUAUUGUAGUGCCACUCCAUUAGUCCUGUGUCAUGCAGUGGAAUUUGGGCUAAUGCAACAGAAAUGAAACUAGCCCAGGAGCUGAUGUCUAAGCUGGGAUGAGAGGAGGGGAAUAGAGAUGAGAUGAGAUGAAAUGCAUAUAAGAUGCAAGGGAUGUGCUUUCUCAAGGCCACAACUUUAGUCGCUGAACUCAUAUGGGAGUCAUUGAGCAGUAACUUGUACAGUGCAGGUUAGGAUUUCUCCCUUAAUUGUUGCCACCUGGUGUGUAGUUACUGUUGGCUCCUUAACCCCCCCUCAUGCCUCCAACAGCUGGACCUCAGCUUUUUGCUUGGAGCUGACCACUGUUGUCUUGCACCAAGGUUACAGAGUUGGGAGGUGUGGUUGUUCCACUGUAGCAACAGGCAUGAGAAACCCUGAUCUCCAGCUUCAACCUCCAUCUCUGUCCUACUACACCUCCAUGGACUGAGUACCUCCACUCCACAUCAGUUUCCCAUUUGAGAUGCAAGUUGCUGCAGCUUAUCUUCUGAACAAUCCCACUGGGAUGGUGAACUGCUAUGGGGAGGGGCCAGAGGAACAAACAGAACACUGUUCGCAAUGACAUUCCUUGUCCAAAAAGAAGACAACCACUACACUCCCCACAGCAGGGUGAAAAGCCCAGCACUACACUAACCUAGCAUUAGAGAGUGGGAGCUGUUAGGCAGUGAUGGAAGACUCAGGCAAAACCAGCACCAUUCAGUGUUUCUGAGGACUGAGGACUCCCCACCUGCCCGCUUCUGGCUGUCACCUCACCCCACCUGAAAGGGCAGAGGCAAUCCUGAAUAGAACCACUGUUCUCUUCUUUUUCCAUUCCAAACUGAGACUCAUCACCUUCAGUGUUGCUGGGCUUGCAUCUUAAUUUCCAUUCAUCUGUCCUCUUCACCUUAGCCUGGGGGCAUUCAUUGAACAAGAGAAGAUAAUUUAUACAAUUGCAAGAAGACUACUUAGUAAGGCUGGAGAACUGGCUGAAUAACAUGUCAAAUAAAAGUCAACAAAUAACUGAUAAAAUUAGCACAUUAAAAUGCUGAUGUUUGGGUGUGAGCACUUCACACACAAAAUGAAAACUGUGGUUUAUCUUCUUGUUACUUUGGAGAUAGCAUUUGAAUUCACAUGAUAGAAAAGGACAUACUACACUGAGGUUUACAUCCUUUAUUACCCCACUGGUUUUACGGUGCUUGUCCGUGAUGAAUCAGAAUUUGGUCACAAAAGUUGUUCUCCUCCCCCUCUGUAUCGUCAAAUAUUUGCUUUCAUGCCAACACAUCUUGGUUUGAUUAGCUCCCUUGAUUAGAGGCUAAAGUAAAAAGUCAGGUGUAUAGGAUUCCCAUUAUCCUUUAUUUCACUGCUUCUAAGAACAGGUCAGAUAGAGUUAUUUCAGUGAAAAUGUGAACAAUCAACUUCUGUUUACCAUUAACCUUCAGUUUUCUUUUCUUAAAAUCAAAUCAGGGCUUGGUAGGUAGUUAUUUUCAUACAUGUCCCUUGAUCAGUGGUACAAUCUGUCAAAAGCCAUUAAAGCCUUUAUUAGGUUGAACUGCAUUCAAAGCUAAACUAUCCAAUCAUUUAAAGGGUUGUGAUGAUUGUUUUUAAUAUAGUAUACAUUGAUUUCUCUCUCUGAGUAGUAGCAUAACUUUGAAACUAAGCAUGUAUGACCAGGGCUUUUUGCUAUCCAGCAUGUCCUGAGGAGCCUGGUUUUGUGUGGAAGAUAAUGCCUACGUAACAAAGGAAGAGACGUAUGCAGUGAAAUCACCUGUGUGUUCUCAGAGGCUUUUCCUCCAUUUUUUCCUAUUUCAUUGUAUCCGUUGAGGUGCAAUGUAUAUGGAAUGGGAGGAAGUUUUCCAAGGUCCUUUGCUCAAAAGCUUCGCUGAAAAAUUUAACAUGUAAUUGUAGUAAUAUUUCAAAGUGGCUUUUUAUAUUAAGAUCUGAGGAUGCUUUACACAGAGAAACUGAGGCAGAGGUCAAAAGUGCUGCUGUGUUCUGGCCACUAAUGCUGGAGCCAAGCAUACGUAACCUUCCAUUGCUGGUAUGUCUCAAUUACUUGCAGUUAAUCAACUCAGUUUACAGAUUAAAAAUAGAACUUUUUUUUUCCAAAGAUAUAUCUGAAAAUGGAGCUGGAAUCUGUCUUCCUCAUGUCACAUUUAACAUAUCAUUUAAUUGCAUUACAUACAAUAAUACAUCUCAUGUAAUAGAGAUCUUUCAAGCCUCCUAAUGUUUGAUUAAACAUUCCAGUGAAUCUUUUAGUUAAAUUCCAAAUCCCUGAGCUCUCAAUGGGAAAGAUAUAUUUUAUUGGAACUAUUAAAUUAUUCCAUGGAGAAUAUGCAGAUAUGAAAUAUAUAAUACAAUGUAACAUAAUCCACACACUUUUAGCUCUAUUUUAAGUAUGUCCACUGCACACCCCACAGAGGUGGUGUAACUGCUGUACUAGGAAACUUAAGAAAAUACCCUGCGGGUAUUUGGGUGCUGUUUGUCCAGGUGAAGAGGUAUAGCUGAAACAAACUGGAAUGCUGAUUAUGCACCUGUUAGCACUUUUGUCUGGUACCUAUUUGGUAGUCUGGUAGUACUUUGCUGAGAGCACCAUUCUAGUUAUCUUGAUGAACAUCCUAAUAAUUUAUUGCCCAAACAUUAUCAAAGCAUUCCACAUUUCUUUCAUUGUUGUUCUUUCUCUUCUAUCCACUGAUGCACUUUCUUUCACUUUUGUGUCAGUAUUAACAGUAAUGUUAUUAACAAGUUCCUUGUUAGGCUGACGUGACUUCAAAGUGAGAAAACUUAAAAACUAUGUAUCAGAUAACACUCUCUCAAGUACAUUUAUUUUCAAACCAAUUUAAUAGAAUAUUUUU